AUGACAUCAAGACCUAAUCCUCAGAUCUCAUACUCAUCAAUGCAUAGCAAUGACGAUCAAUUGUUUUCCGAUGAUCAAAUUGCCCGUUAUGAUGCCGAUACCAUAAAACAUCGUUAUGGUGAUAACUGGAGAAACUAUGCGUCAAAUAUACGUGAAAUAAAACAAGCAGACGGAACAAUUGUGCGAGAAUAUAUCAUCGAAGAUCCAACGUUAUUGAAAGAGAUCAAGCCGGCAUUAGAUUCCACGUCGUCAACUACAGGUUCAGAUGAUGAUCAACAAUCAUCGAAGAAUAAAUUUGCCCAAAUCAAAGCCAAAUUUGAACAGAAAACUUUUACAAGUGUUAUGGCAUCACCAGCAUCGUCGUCACCGUCCAGUAACAAUACAGCACCAACAUCACGUCGACCUUCAACAAGGCAAACCGACGAAUCACACGGAAGAAAUAUGCGUCUGCCAAGUGAUUCGUCGUCUAUUCAUCGACCUAAUCUGGAAAUGCCUUCUCCAUAUUCUGCGCUCUCAACUUCGAAUUUAAGUCAUAUGACUAGUAUUCAUUCUCAAGCACUAUCGCAGAACAAUAUGCGACGCUUGAAUUCAGCUGAUGAAGCUGAUGAAGAAGUGCAUCGGAUUCAUCGGGAAAGUGAAGACAACCGCUAUCGACAUGAUCCCUUACCUCCGAUUACUCCACCAGUUAACCAACCGAAAGCACCACCCAAUGUUCAAUAUGAAGUGGUUGAUGAAGAUGGGAAUCCGAUGGCUAUCGAGGACAUACAUGAUUUAAUCAAGAUGUCAGGUGUGACAGCUCGAGAAAUCAAGCAACCUAACGGUACCAUUCUUCGAGAGUAUGUUAUCGAUGAUCCAGAAAUUUUAUCGAAAUUUCGUUCGCAACAACAAUCACCGACCAAUUCUCAACAUCGCCAUGAACACGAUAACAUACCUGCGCCACCACCGCGCGUGCCAUUGAAACAGCCGCCACUAUACCGUCAAGGCCCAUCGACUAACGAACAAAAAUCACCAAUUAAUAUUCAACAUGUCCGCACCAUCGAGCCGCAACGUCGUUAUGAGUACGUCACAACAACUGGCAAGCGUAUCGAAUUUUUUAUCACAAGCUUAGGAGCUGAAAAUCAACAAGUUAAUGAUUCAGAAGUACGUGAAGUAGCCAGUGCUAUCAAUUCACGUCUAAUACCAACACCUUCGGCCGUGAACAAUCCUCAACAACAGCAGCAACAACAACAACAAUUCACUCUUCCGAAACAAUGGCAUCCAGCCGUUGAUUUGACACAUCGUGAAGCAUCUGGUCGACAACGUAUCGGUUCCGAUAGUCAACCACCACGAGCUAAUUAUAGUACUGCUUUUCAUCAAUUACAUCCUCCACAGCCUGAAUUAACACGUUCACAAUCUUAUGGUGCACUUCAUCAACCGUCCUAUCAACAAUCCUUUGCACCUGUAUUUGCCGAACCGAUUAUUGAUUGGAGUGCGCUGCAACAACAAGACCCACACGGUCAAAUCGAUCCUCAACUUGUUCGACAAUAUAUUACCCAAAAACAUCAAAACGGAGCCUUUCAAAGCUCUGCUCAAUUUCUUCCAAGCCAACAAGACAUCUCGAAACAACAACAACAACAACAACAAGUUCCACAAUUAUCGAGAUCUGCUGCUUCAUCACCGCAAGCUCAAAUGCCCGCUUAUUAUCCACAAUCAAUGUCCUAUCCAUACCAAGGCCAACCGCAGCAUGGUGUUCGAAUUGUUGCUAGUGACAACAAUGUAGACUUGAAUCAACAACAGCAGCAGCAGCAGCAACAACAACAACAACAACAAGUAUUAGUUAUGGGUAAUGGACAUACUCGAGUUUAA